CUAAAUUGGCAGCACUGUGUGUGUGAAGAAGUUGAUUGCAAUAAAUUUUGUAAAAAAAAAAUUAGAAAGAAGGUGGUAAAAAGGAAGAGACGAACAAUAUUUAUGAAAAAACUGAUUAAUAAUAGUUCACGCGCACAAUCAAAUUGAUACAACAGGUACAAGGAACAGUUAGUGACCGUCUUAUCACUCAGGAUUUUGGUUUUUGCGUUUGCAGUAAAGCGUUUCUGAGACAAGCUAUAAUCAGAACGGGGCAAACUAAAUCAUGUCCUAUCAACUAUAUCGCAACACGACCUUGGGCAAUACCCUGCAGGAGAGUCUCGAUGAGCUUAUCCAGUAUGGACAAAUAACGCCAGCGCUAGCCUUUAAGGUGCUCCUACAGUUCGACAAGAGCAUCAACAAUGCACUUAAUCAGCGCGUUAAGGCUCGCGUCACAUUUAAGGCGGGAAAACUAAAUACAUAUCGGUUUUGUGACAAUGUUUGGACCCUCAUGCUGAACGAUGUGGAAUUUCGGGAGGUUCAUGAAUUCGUCAAAGUCGACAAGGUGAAGAUUGUGGCCUGCGAUGGCAAAAGCGGAGAGUUCUAAUCACCGCUCCUACGAUAAUUGAAGAAAAAUAUUUUAUUUUUAAGAUUUAUAUUUGAUAAGUAUAUAUGCAGCCAACACUUGAAUGAAAAUCUUGUUAAUUCAAA